AUGGGCAAGAUGGACAAUACCUCCGUGGAGCUGAGUUCUCCCUCUGAGGUGAAGCAGGCAGCCCUGGAGGAGUCGGAGCCCAUCGCCCCCGCGGCCGUGAGCAUCAAGAAGAAGAAGGAGAUCCCAGACAGAGGCUCCUGGAAGGGGAGGUUCGACUUCUUGCUGUCCUGCGUGGGCUAUGCUAUCGGGCUGGGCAAUGUCUGGCGCUUCCCGUAUCUCUGCGGCAAGAAUGGAGGAGGAGCCUUCCUCAUCCCCUAUUUCCUGACGCUGGUGUUUGCUGGAAUUCCUCUCUUCCUGCUGGAAACCGCCCUGGGCCAGUAUACCUCUGUUGGUGGACUGGGAGUCUGGAAAUUAGCACCCAUGUUUAAAGGAGUGGGGCUGGCAGCCGUGGUUCUCUCCUUCUGGCUGAACAUCUACUACAUUGUCAUCAUCGCCUGGGCUCUCUACUACCUCUUCAACUCUUUCACCACGGCCCUGCCGUGGCAGAGCUGCGGGAACACCUGGAACACCGACCGCUGCUUCUCCAACUAUUCCCUGGACGAUACCACCAACCUCACCAGCGCCGUCACCGAGUUCUGGGAGAGGAACAUGCACCAGAUGUCCGGGGGCCUGGGGGAGCCCGGCGCCGUCCGCUGGCCCCUGGCUGGCACGCUGGCCCUGGCCUGGCUGCUGGUCUACUUCUCCAUCUGGAAGGGCGUGGAGUGGACAAGGCAGGGGCGGGGCGGGGGCCCCGGGGUGGUGUAUUUCUCGGCCACCUACCCCUACUUCAUGCUCUUCAUCCUCUUCUUCCGGGGAGUCACGCUGCCGGGAGCCAAGGAGGGGAUCCUCUUCUACCUCACGCCCGACUUCAGAAAGCUCUCCGACUCCGAGGUCUGGAUGGACGCAGCCACACAGAUCUUCUUCUCUUACGGCCUGGGGCUGGGGUCCCUGAUCGCACUGGGGAGCUACAACACUUUCCACAACAAUGUCUACAGAGACUCCAUUAUCGUCUGCUGUAUAAACUCCACCACAAGCGUAUUUGCCGGAUUUGUUAUUUUCUCUAUUGUUGGCUUCAUGUCGCACAUCACGAAGAAGUCGAUCUCAGAGCUGGCCUCCUCAGGCCCUGGACUGGCUUUCCUCGCCUACCCGCAGGUUGUCACACAGCUGCCCCUGUCCUCGCUCUGGUCGAUCCUCUUCUUCUCCAUGCUGAUGAUGUUGGGUCUGGAUAGUCAGUUCUGCACGGUGGAAGGGUUCAUUACAGCCCUGAUGGAUGAGUAUCCUCAUCUCCUGAGAGCCAGGAAGAAGGUCUUCAUCGCAGUAGUCUGUUUCAUCUCUUAUCUCAUUGGAUUCUCCAACAUCACCCAGGGUGGCAUUUAUGUCUUCAAGCUGUUUGAUUACUACUCAGCCAGCGGCAUGUGUCUUCUCUUUCUUGUCUUUUUUGAGACCAUCUCAAUUUCUUGGUGUUAUGGUGUGAACAGGUUUUACAGGAACAUCGAAGAAAUGAUUGGCUACAAACCUUGCAUCUGGUGGAAGAUCUGCUGGGCCUUCUUCACUCCUCUUGUCUGCCUGGGAGUCUUCUUCUUCAGUGUGGUGGAAAUGACCCCUCUGACACUGGGAAAAUAUGUCUAUCCCGCGUGGGGACAAGGCAUUGGUUGGCUUAUGGCUCUGUCCUCCAUGGUACUAAUUCCAGGAUACAUGCUGUACUGUUUCUUCACCUCAACGGGGACCCUCCAGCAGCGCUUGCAGCAGAUGACGCAGCCCAAGCCAGAGGCGCACGCUCAGAACAACGGCCUCCAGCCGAAGACGUCCUUGAAUGGGAGGGUCUCGGAUGCCGCCGUCUAG